GCUGAGACAACCUCAGAGAAAAAGCACAAGAAAAAGAAGGUAAGAGACGAUGACAAGAAAAAGAAGAAGGAUGGAAACACUAAAAAGAAGUCAAAGAAAGACGGAUCAUCUGUGAAACCUGAGACAAAACCUGAGGAGACAACGAAGGAUGAUGAUCUUGAAGCAUUCCUUGCUUCCUGA